AUGGCUGUUUCCACCAUCGCAAAGGGACCCAAGAAGAGAUCGUCAACCGCCACAGCCCCAUCCCCAGCCGCAGCCACGGUCAUAGCCUACGCCCUCUACGUCCGCCAAAGGGGCAUCGCGCUCCUGCACAAGCUGUGCGUCGCAGAGCCCUUCCGCGGUCAGGGCGUUGGCAGACAGUUGCUGACGCAUGUGAUUGGGCUGCAGCGGAGCCAGCGGAGCGGAAGGGGCUGUCUGGUUGUGCAGCUGUGGGUGGAUGAGAAGAGGGAGGCGGCGCGGCGGCUGUAUGGGAGCUGGGGUCUUAUGAUUUGGCGUGUGAAGCGCAACGGAUGUCUAGCCCAUAAACUUAUGUCUAUGGCCAAGAGACAGCAAGGCGGGGAGAGUGGAGAUUGCUCCGAAGAGCUGACAAGAAAAGGGGAUUAUUUUGACUGGCAAUCUCAACGCAAAGUGAGCUGA